AUGGUCUAUACAACACCAGUCCAAAUUAGUAGUAUUCAAAUAAUAAUCAGAUGCCAAGCAUUAUCAAUUGAUGAUAUUUGUUAUUUUACUAAGUAUCAAUCAAAUGAAAAAGAUCAAAUCAAUGAAGAAGAAACAAUUACUAGGCUUAAUAUCGGUGGAAAUGAUAUUGGACCGAACGGAAUACAGAAUCUAGCAAAUGCAUUAGCAAAAAAUACGACACUGACAACUCUCGAUCUUCAGGAUAAUCAUAUUGGAGAUGAAGAAAUGCAAUAUUUAUGUGACGCAUUACGAAAGACUGUAGUAAACUUUUUUUUUCUACUCAUCUCUUCCACAUAUUAUCUUGAUAAUUUUCAUAUGCAGACAUUGACUACACUCGAUCUUAGUAGUAAUCUAAUUGGAGCGUCGGGAGUACAAUAUCUUGCUGAUGUUCUUGACAACAAUUCAGCACUCACUAUAUUAGAUAUUGGAUCGAAUUAUAUCGGAGAAAAUGGUGCAGAACACUUGAUUCAUGGUUUACAAAUGAAUAAGACACUCAUCACACUUAAUCUUCAAAAUAAUUCUAUAAAUAAAAAUUUGAUUCAACAUAUCAAUGAAUUAAUCGAUAAAAAUACAGUAUCUAAUAAAGAAAAAACGUAA